CAUAAUUUAUGAAAACUUACGAGCGUCGUAUAGCUUGUCUAGCUGACAGCGAAUAGGACGGACCAGCCAAACUUGGGGAGAAGCAUACCUAACCAAGGCGCAAAGAAACAAGGAACACUCUUCGAAUUUCAUAAAGAUCCAGACUAUUUAUUUGGUGACUGUCAAGAUGCCUGUUAUUAGAACUCUCAGCAAGGUGGCUAAGCAGGCCCUCCUGAACCCAGGAUGUGGCUGUCAGCCAAUCACAGUGGCCGUACGGACCAUCAGCUUCUCACCUCGCCAGGUCACCUCAGACGCCAGCUUCCACUCCGUGUCCUUCUCCGAGACGGACCACCCCAAGGUUCUCAUCACAGGUGGCCUUGGACAGUUGGGGGUAGGGCUGGCUAAAAGGUUGAGGAAGCGGUUUGGAAACAAGAAUGUAAUCCUGUCAGAUAUCAGGAAGCCUCCAAGCCACGUUUUCUACAGCGGCCCCUUCAUCUACUCUGACAUCCUGGACUAUAAGAACCUGCGUGAGAUUGUGGUGAACAACCGCAUCACCUGGUUGGUCCAUUACAGUGCCCUGCUCAGCGCCGUGGGAGAGGCCAACGUAUCUCUGGCUCGCGACGUCAACAUCACUGGGCUCCACAACAUCCUGGACAUUGCAGCGGAGCACGGCCUGCGUCUGUUCGUCCCCAGCACCAUCGGAGCCUUUGGGCCCACCUCACCCCGGAACCCGACCCCUGACCUCUGUGUCCAGAGACCCAGGACCAUCUAUGGAGUGUCCAAGGUUCACGCAGAGCUCAUGGGAGAGUACUACCACCACCGCUACGGCCUUGACUUCCGCUGUCUGCGCUACCCAGGAAUAAUAUCUGCUGACUCACAGCCUGGAGGAGGAACGACAGACUACGCGGUAGCCAUAUUCCAUGAUGCCGUCAAAACGGGGAAGUUUGAGUGCAACCUGAAGCCAGACACGCGGCUGCCCAUGAUGUACAUAGACGACUGUCUGCGUGCCACCGUGGAGAUGAUGGAAGCCCCCGCAGACACCCUCUCCAUGAGGACCUAUAACAUCAACGCCAUGAGCUUUACCCCUGAAGAGCUGGCUCAGGAGGUCCAGAAGCAGCUGCCGGACCUGGAGGUCACCUACGACAUUGAUCAAGUCAGACAGGCCAUCGCUGACAGCUGGCCAAUGAACUUUGACGACUCUAACGCGCGGAACGACUGGGGCUGGAAACAUGACUACGACCUCCCGGAGCUCGUCCAGACCAUGCUCAACUACAUCGGCUCAGACUCGCGCAUCGCACAGACCAACUGAGGGGGCCAGCGGUGACGUGCUUCUCGGUGUCAUGCUGGAUUAGUGUUGUUUCUUUGUACAUACUGUAAAAAAAACAUUGUUAUAGAGGAGGGAGACAUGUGGUCUAUGAAGACUUGUUAGAGAGGAGGGAGAAACGUGGUGUGGAAAUAGUCACUGUUUACUCUCUCUCCUCUCUUUGUCUUUCUCUGUCUUUCUCUGUCUGUUUCCGUCUGUCUCAGUCUAUGUGGCAGAACAAGCUACUACAUUGUAAAGGUUGGUCGCUCGAGAAAUAGACGUUUGACUCUCCCCUUCUGGGUGAAGAGGUUAGAACACAGGGUCUGUGAGAACAUGUUUAGAUGAAACAUCUCAGACAGGUUGACUUGCACGGCUAUGAAUUGUUCACUCUAUUGUACCAUUGUGACAUUUUCAAGGCAAACAAUCAAAGAAUGUAGCAUUGGUCAAUCUUAAGUGCUUGAACCCUUCUCCUCUCUGUGGUUAGCUAUGUAAGGCUAUUGUAAAGGGGUCAACGAUUGUAUAAAUGUUUUUGAUAAGAGCUGAGAAUUCAGGUAUCAGAGGGCCUAAAUGUAUGGCCAUAAUCCCAUUAAGUUGAAGUUUUACUAGCAUAUAAUCAUGUAAUUUGAUGCAGUUUAGAGUAAAGAGAGAAUGAUUGAAACCCUUUAAAAAAUGUUUUUAUUUUGUAUCAUUGAACAGUUAUAAUUCUGCGUGUGUGUUUUAAUAUCGAUGUGUGGAAGCACACACCGAGUACCAGCUCACAUUUUUCUAUUAUUUUAUGUUAUUUCAGCUGGGUUUUUUCCCCCACUGAUUUCAUUCUUGUAUGUAUUCUGUCUGCUGGUGAUAACUGACUGGGAAUGAUGUUGAAUCAAUGUGCUCCUUGCACUGCUUGUAUGUAAAGUGUGAAUGUUCCACAGUCUCUCUGGAACGUUUGGUUGCGUCCCAAAUGACUCUCAAACGACUCCCUAGAUAGUGUCCACCAUAUUCCUUAAAUAUUCCCUAUACACUAUAAAAGGGAUUUCCCAUUUGGGAUACAUCCUAUUUGACUGUUUCCGUUAGUUCGUAAGUGAUCUGUCAGGGAUGUCCGUUUUCACUCCGUCUGUUCGUCAAAAGGGGUCCAUGUGGAUGUUAUUAAAAAGGGAAAUGGUUUUGUGGUGGUUGUAUGUUUUUCUUUUCGUUGUAAAUUAAUUCAAUGCUUUCUGUGUGUAAGUCUGGAAACAAACAUGUGUUCUUUCAAUCACAAAUCUGCUUUGUCAUUACAGUAUCUCUUUUCUGUAUCCUCUUAAUAUGACAUGUAUUUGUCAGGGACCGUGUACAACAUGCCAUUGCACCAUCUUUAUAUAGAUAGUUCAUUUUCAUCUGUAGUCCCUGGGCAGAAAACAGUCAACAUUAAAACAUGAAUACAACCCUA